CCCGCCGGUGCUGCUCCAUGGUCCCCCUCUCACCCUCACCCUCGCCUUCCUCGUCGCUACCACCUGCCGCCGCGGGAAGUCGCCGGCAAGCGCUCGCUCUCCCCCUCGCCCGCCCAGCAGGCGGGAGCAACUGAAGGCCAUGGCGGGUCUCGGCGCUGGCAGCAACCUCGACUUGCAGUGGUGUUUCUCCCAGGUGAAAGGUGCCGUGGACGAGGAGGUGGCGGAAGCGGAUAUAAUUUCAACUGUUGAAUUCAACUACUCUGGAGAUCUACUGGCGACUGGUGAUAAAGGCGGCAGAGUUGUUAUAUUUCAACGGGAGCAAGAGAAUAAAAGCAGACCCCACCAUAGAGGCGAAUACAAUGUUUACAGUACAUUUCAGAGUCAUGAACCAGAGUUUGAUUAUUUGAAAAGUCUAGAAAUUGAGGAAAAAAUUAAUAAAAUCAGAUGGUUACCCCAACAGAAUGCUGCUCAUUUCUUACUGUCUACAAAUGAUAAAACUAUUAAAUUGUGGAAGAUAAGUGAAAGGGACAAACGAGCAGAAGGCUAUAAUUUGAAGGAAGAAGAUGGAAGAUUUAGGGAUCCUGUCAGAAUUACCACUCUGCGGGUACCAGUACUGAAACCUAUGGACUUGAUGGUAGAAGCAAGUCCCCGAAGAGUAUUUGCAAAUGCGCACACAUAUCACAUUAACUCAAUUUCAGUAAAUAGUGACUAUGAAACCUACCUUUCAUCAGAUGAUCUUAGAAUUAACUUGUGGCAUUUAGAAAUUACAGAUAGAAGUUUUAACAUUGUAGACAUUAAACCUGCCAACAUGGAAGAGCUGACAGAAGUUAUUACAGCAGCAGAAUGUCAUCCUCAUCAGUGCAAUGUGUUUGCCUAUAGCAGUAGUAAAGGAACAAUAAGACUCUGUGAUAUGCGGGCUGGUGCCCUCUGCGACAAGCAUUCAAAAUUUUUUGAAGAACCAGAAGAUCCAAGCAGUAGAUCAUUUUUCUCCGAAAUCAUCUCCUCAAUUUCUGAUGUGAAGUUCAGCCAUAAUGGGCGGUACAUGAUGACAAGAGACUAUUUAUCUGUCAAGGUGUGGGAUGUUAAUAUGGAAACUAGACCAGUGGAAACGUACCAGGUUCAUGAAUAUUUGCGGAGCAAGUUAUGUUCUUUGUACGAGAAUGACUGCAUCUUUGACAAGUUUGAGUGUUGUUGGAAUGGUUCAGACAGUGCUAUUAUGACCGGCUCCUACAACAACUUCUUCCGAAUGUUUGACAGAAAUACCAAACGUGACAUCACUCUCGAGGCAUCUCGAGAAAGCAGUAAACCGCGUGCCAUCUUGAAGCCACGUAAGGUUUGCACAGGCGGAAAAAGGAAGAAAGAUGAAAUUAGUGUUGAUAGUCUGGACUUCAACAAGAAGAUUCUGCAUACAGCUUGGCAUCAUAAAGAGAACAUCAUAGCUGUUGCUGCAACUAAUAAUUUGUAUAUAUUCCAGGACAAAAUAAAUUAAAACUGGCUUGUUUUAUGCCAAGGCAUUCUAACUUGGUUCAGUCCAGCCAUUCUUUUCCAGGAAUAGAGAUCUGGUCCUCCAAAAUUAAUCUACUUGAUGAAUUAAUGUCCUGGUACAGCUACAGAAGUAACAAUUACCCAUUUGUUCAUUCAAUCGUGAGAUGCAUUUCUGCCUUCAGUCAGGGUGUUACUAUCAUCAACUAUAUCUAUAGAUGUGAGAAACCAACUGGGAGUAAACUGGAAAGACAGUGCUGGGCGUGAGACUAUCUCUCCAAUCAUGAUUUAAUCAAGACUGAACUUUCCACAAUGACAAAAGACCACAGCGAAUCACAAGGCAUAGUUUAAUGUCUGUGUAACCUAUUCUUCCUGUAUAUUUUCGCCUUUUGAACAAGAGUUAGACUUGUUUAUGCCUGUAAACAUUCCUCCUCUGGCCUCACUCCUUUUGGUUCAAGUUCCUAAAUAUGAACUUUAAUGGGCUUUGAGCAGGUUCGGCAGAUGUUUUCUUCCACAGAACAUUUUACUCAUCAACUACCUAUAACCAUACCACAUAGGGUUAAAAGAGUUAAUAAAUUAAAAGAAAAAAGAAUGUGUUUUUAAAUCUGAAAUUAUGGAUGUAGAUUUGUGAUUUUUUUUUUUGCAAUAUGUCCUGGAAAAUAUAGUUUGAAGUAACUGAACUUAACAUUGUUUAAUAAUUAUGUUACACUUUCUCAGCACAUCAGAAUAAGUGGCAUUAUGGUAUGACAUUAGAAAUCUGAUUUGUAUCAUAUUUCACAGAACCAAUAACUGAAAAAUCUAACAAAAUGUUGUAAUGGAAAAAAAGUUAUAUUUUUAUAGUCUUCAGAAAAUCAUUCAGUUUUUUUGUUUGUUUCUUUAUCUGGAUAACCAAUUCAACCAGAACUGGAAAAGUUAAGCAAGUUCCCUUAGAUAUUUUGCAAACAACAGUAUAUAAAAGUGCUUCCUUAAGCUUUUGAUGUUGCUGGAAAUUGGCAGUAAUUCUAUACCUCAUCAUGUAUCUAAAUUUCAGAUUUUUCAUUGCAUUGUGCGAAUAAUGACAUGUAUAUUUAUCCCUUUCAGUUUUUCAGAGAAUGCUAACUACUCUUUUGCAUCCACAAUGUUAAAACAAAAGUUAUCACAUUCACAAUAUAACUAUAUUUAUUCUGUCUGCCAUGCUUUCUACUUCUAGAUUCUGUGUGUUCUGUAUUCUCUUUCGCGUGCGUACAAAUACACACAAUUUUAAAGCAUAUUUUGGUAACAGAAAUCAUCAAAUGUUUAUUGCCUUCAGUUCUCCCUUCAUAUCAAAACCUGAGAUAAAUAAAGUUUGCAUAACUUGCAUUGGCAUAGUUGUGAAUUUUCAUGCAUCAUGCAUUUUCAUAAAUCUCCUGUAUGUAAGGUUGUGCUCAUGCAGUCGGUAUACUUAAAAUGUCUUUCCAAACCCUUACCACUUUCUCCCCCAGUAAGUGCUAGCCGUGACUCAGUGGAUAUCACUCUGGGCUUCGAAUCAUAGAUGGUUGGUUUAAGUUUCACUUUAGAAACACCUGCACAAAUAUGUAGACUUGCAUUCCAUUGUAAUUACUGAGUUGCAAAAAGUUCACUGCACUUUCGAAGACCUAAUUGAUUACCUUUAUCCUAGGUUUUAGCAUCCAUAAAACAGUAUCUGGUCAUAUCACUGCUGCUUGCAAUAGCUUCUUUUGUGCAAACCGGUUGUCACAUUUCCUAUAAAAAGUUGUUGUACUUCAAAAUGAAGGAGUAAAUUGUCGUAAAAUUCUGAAAGGUACCAUUAUAAAUGUGAGCCUUUUUUUUGAUUUUCCAAGACCCCAAAGAAGCUGCUCACACAGUGAUAGUUUUAUUGAUGAUAGUUGCUUGGGAUAUAUUAAAAAUCAACUUUGGUCAAGUAUUUUAAAACUUUAAUUUCUGUUGAAAUGUUUUUCAAGGUGUGGAACAUUUAAUGGUCCAAAGUAAUUUUCUUGCAAAGACUUUUGGCAUUAGUGGUUAUGCAUGAAAGUGGAAGGGUGAUUAUGAUAAAUUACAAUGUUAUUGAGAGCAAUAAUAAUUUCAACGGUUCCUGUCAUAUUUUAUAUGAAGUGCACAGAAAGCUGUAUAAAUCAAUGUUGUAAUGAUCUUACCGUCUACAAAUUAAAGUUUAUAAUAUGUCCUUGCAGCUUCCAAUGUGUUCUAACAAUGUGAAAGUGCUUUGAAAAUAUAAAUAGGAACAAUGUAUUGCAGAUGUAAAUGAGCUGUAAUGAUAUACUCAAUUUAAAUUGUGCUUUGUUUUAGCACAUUUAAGCAUUAGGUUUAACCUGGUGCCAAAACAAUUUCAAGUGUGCUUUUUUAACAAAAAAAGUAUAUUGCAUGUGCCUUUUUAUUUCUCUUUUUAAUAUAUGCACAAUUAUUUAAUACAAUUUGUGUAAAAUCUGUUUUAGAUUUUAAGUUGUAAAUGAUGAAGUUCUAAGUAAAUGGAUACUUUAUAAAAUUGUGGACCACAACAUUUUGUGGAAGUAAUUAGUGUGUAGAUUCAAAGUGGAAUUAAAAAUAUGGGAAACGAGAUGCAAAA